CGACUAACAAUAUMUCAAUAACCAGUUGUGACCACAAAUUGAAAUUUAAAAUUUUCAAAGAAUAAAAUGUCACCAAAAAAGUUGUCCGUAAGAUAUCGUACAACUGUUUACGCCAAACAACAACUGAGACAGAUAUCAGAUAUCGGCGGCUCUCAAGACAACUAUGCUAUCAAUAGAGUAGUCAAAGUGAUCAAUGGAUCCAUUGAUGAUGUUCUCCAUUUGAUUGGCUAUUCAUUUAUGCAAUUGAAACAAAUCAAUGAACACUUGUCUAUAAGAAAUAAUGUCAGCGACAGUGAUAGCGAUGACGAGUCUGAAUAUGAAUUGUCGUUUACUUUGGAUCAGAUCAACAAAAUCAAUAAUAUUGUCAAUGAAAGACCAGUCAGAGCUUAUGUGGUCAACUGUAAGGACAAUCUGUACGGUGUGAUUGUCGACAAAAGUGUGGCCAGAAUUUGUGGUCAAAUCUCAACAGUUUUGCCAAAGUAUGUGCCAAACAGUCAACUAUCUUCUGUAUGUCAGAGAGGCAUCAAAAUUGGUAAAAGUGGUAAACUUGAGAAACUGGUCGACAAUAAUGAAGUCAAACAGUAUAUCARUGKUGGCUAUCAUUUGAUUAUUGUUGGCGAAAAAGGAUCUCUUUUUGUUGUUCCCGAUGAUGUCAACGAUGACAACGGCCAUAGWUAUGACAAUAAUCUAACUCUAGUAUUAGGACACGGAUUUGUUGUCAUCGACAGCAAAUCAUCCAUUGAAUGGAUCCGAACUAAACAACACUUAAGAGAUAACAGAAGAGAAUCGACCGAAUUAUUGCCAAACGAAUCAAUUGUUGUCUCGUUUGCCGGYAUUUGUAUUAACGGUGAUAAUGCCGUCAAAAUCUAUGGCACCGGUAGUGUCAUCAAUAUUGGAGACAUUCAAAAGUUUGUUGAAUUUUAGUAAUACA